AACUUAGAGGGCCGCUGUCCACACUUUCGUCCACACUUUCGUCUACAGUUUACACCUACCCCGGCAGAGACGCAAAUGAGGAGAGAGCGGCUUCUUCAGUAUAAGUUGUAGAACGACGGCGACAACACUGUAGUGUAAAUGUACUACGUUGUGUGAACUAAUCACAGGGAAAUGUCAAAACCUUGAAAUAUAUCAUUAUUUUGAUCAUUCAUCUCCAGGAAAAUGGUUAUUUAUUGCUUUCAAUUUCUUAGUAAGCAACCAUAGACCAUUAGUGUUGAAUUGCACGAAGUGAAUUCAUCGAUUAUUGUGCAUAAGACCUCCUAUUGACUAUUUUGUCAUUAGAAUGAAACCAAAGAUUAAGAAAUCUGAGAAGCCAUUAGUUGGCCGGGGAGGCAAACGCGAGGGCUCUGGCAGAAAGAGGGAACUCUCCAGUGAGUUGAAGAAUAAGGUUAAAGUGUACAUUGGGGCUGCCAACGUCCUCAAAUGGAAUGCCAUCAAGCGGGCCUACUGUGACGACGGAGACACUCUAUUCACCAAAAAGCUCUUGGAAUUCGCUGAGAAACAUAUGGAGCUGCUGGCAUCAUAUUUCACAGGCGACGAACCACAAGAGGAGAGAUGUAUCACUCCAGAAGAACACUGCCAUGAAGACGACCCAAAUGGCCCACCACAGUAUUUCAUCUGUUUACGUGUGACCUUUGACCUCCACCGCUGGUUUUGUAAACUCCAUACCCACUCGCAGCUGGAACCGUCGGCGUUUAUCAUCCAUCUUCUUCUGUUGUACACCAGGUGGCAUGAUAUUGGCGAAGAAUUUCGACCAGAGGUUGUUUCCAAACUUGUAGAAGAGUUGCAAGGUCAACUUCUUGAAAAGACAUCAUCUGUUGACGGGUCAAGAACCGUAGAUGAUUCCAGCAAGACUCCGCAAGUAACUGGCUCUGGUGUUAGCUGUCUAGGCGAAGAAAAAAGUACACAUACAGGAAUAUUUGAACCGGAUCAUCAGCUGGGUCAAACUCGAGCUGAAAUUUCUCAAAAUGUUGAUGCAGUUGAGUUUCAAAGCCGUUCUGUGAUUCAGAGUGAGUCUGUGAUAAUCGAAGACCCAAAACAAAUACCAAGUUCUCUCCCGCAAGUUCAAGGUCAAACUUUUGAAGGUCAAGGUCAAACUUUUACAGUUAAAGGUCAGUCCUUUGAAGGUCAAGCUCAGUCUUGUCAUUUAGGAGGUGUAGGUCAUGCUCGAGGUGAUGUAGGAUGUACCAAAGUUCAAGGAAAUGAAAUUCAAGGUCAUAUUCUGGAAAGCACUCAAGUGAUUGUGAAUGUUUUACCAGAAAAUGUGACACAAACCAAAGUACAUGGCCUACAUUCUUUUACUCUUACCCCAUCAGGUGAGAGGCCAGUGCCACCUCUGGCGAAAGCUCUUAAUCUAAGUACUCUCCAGUCACCUGUUCCAGAUGGUAACUAUGAGGUAAACAUCGUGACGUCUGCUCCUCCCAAGAAAUCGCAGAAUCGUCCAAAUGAAACUUUCAUACACUCAGACUCAGAGCAGUAUCAAUAUCAGUAUCAACACGUACCAGACCGACCAUUGUCAGAACCAAUUGGGAUUUAUGAAGUGAAUAAACAAAUGUCUGUUGCGCCAGAUAGAAAUCUCAAAAUGUUUGAACCGUUAGAAGUUGUUGAGAGAGUAAGCAAUGAGAAUAUGAAUGACUCUGCUACAAAGGUCGAUUCCAAGACUAUUAGAAACCCAGGACAUCAUUCAGGCUUUGAAAAUCAGUUGCAUGGACAGAAUCAGGAUUGUGAGCCGGCUUUGAAGGAUCAGCAGUCUUCUUCCACAGGCCAGCGUGUGCUUCUUGAUGUACCCCAAGAUCUCUCAAGCAAUCACGCAGCUAGCGGGCAUCUUGUCUGUACAACUCGUAGUUACGAAACACUAAUGCAGCAAAACUCUCGCCCUCUGAUGGGAAACAACCGAAGUAAUGAACCAGUCCCUUCAUACCAAAGUCAGCUACGCUCAGGUGCGUUUGGUCAUAGUCUAAACCAGAUAACUCAAGAGAGUCUGACAACUGGAGCUAGGCAUAGUAAAGAGUCAUCUCAGAUAAUGGUAUUGGAAAACUUUCAUUCCCAUCAGCAAAAUCAGGAUAGCCAGACUACGAAAUGCAUUAUCGUUCACUGUGCACCUCAAGAGGGAAUGGACAACGCUGUUACUAGUGGACCAGUGCAACAUCAUAUGAUACAGAACUCAAAUGCACCUAUUACGAUUUUACCCGUAGACACUCAAUUGGUCCCAGGCCAUAUUGUUUUGGAUGUCUCGCAAGAUGCUGUCGUUGGAACAAGACUUAACGUGUUCAAUGUUCAAGAUCCAUCAUUGCAGACUGUUGUUUCUUCAAUCUCUGCCAGUCACCCGGUUCAAGAACAGUCUUCAGAUUCCAUCAGAAAUCCUUUGAAGAUAAGUUUAAGUAGUACACUCCCCAUGUCUGCACACCAGAGCAGUCAAGUUUUCUUGUCGAAAACACAUCCAGUUUCUGCGCACCAGAACACUCCGGUUUUUGUGACACAACGUUUUCAAAUGCCAGAAACUUCAGCUCAGCAGUCUAGAACAGAUUCACAACCUCUGUACGGCCAGAGACAAUUUCAGGGCUUUGAUGACCGAGGUCAGUGUCUAGAUUAUAGCCAGCAUCAAGUAGUUAGUAAUAACCAAGGUUGCAACCCUGCUGUGACAACUCAGCAACAGAAACUGAUAUCGACUACUCCGCUACAAGUCUUGCCAAACUGGGAACAUCACCCAGCUGCAGCUGUUGAUAACCUAUCUGGAACACCAAUCCAGCGAAUACCGUCUGCUCCUCCACGAGUCUUCCCAAGCAGGGAACAUCAUCAAACUGAAAUCGUUGAUAAUUCGCUGGGAACUUAUACCCAGCGAAUGCCAUCUGCUCCUCAAGAAGUCUUGCCAAACAGGGAACAUCACCCAGCUGCAGUUGUUGAUAACCUUUCUGGAACGCCUUUCCAGCGAGUACCAUCCGUCCCGCAACAAGUCUUGCCAAACAGGCAACUACAUCAAACUGAAAUCAUUGAUAAUCAAGCGAGUACUUAUACCCAGCGAAUAUCAUCUGCUCCUCCACAAGUCAUGCCAAACAGGGAACAAAACAGGCCUUCAUUUGCUACCAAUCCACCUGUAACUUCGGUCGCGCAAAAACCAUCUACAGCUCCACAAGUCUUUUCAAACAGGCAAUAUCAUCAGCAAACUCAAGCUGUUGACCAUCAAUCGGGAAGUUAUACCCAGCAAAUAUUAUCUGCUCCACCACAAGUCAUGCCAAACAGGGAACUAUACCAAACUUCUGUUGCUAACAAUCAGUCCAUGGUUUCUGUGGAGCCAGCACCAUCUGCCCCUCUGCAAGUCUUGUCAAGUUCAGAACAGUACCGCACUGCUGAUGUUAACGAUGGGCCAGUGAUACCGCCCCUGCAAGUUAAUACCCGUCCGCAAGUCAUGGGCAGGCGGGAGCCCCACCAAACUGUGGUUGGUCAGGAUUGUCCAGUGACUUUUCAGCUGCAGAUGCAAGAGCCUGCGCCAGUCAUAACCAGCAGAGAGCAUCCUCAAACUGUGCCUUUGCACAAUCUUCAAGUAACUCUUCCAUGUCCUCAUGAGCAGAUACGUGAGCCAGUGCAUGUCUUAACAAGAGAGUAUCCUAAAUCUGCAAACAUCAGCAAUCCCUCAGUCGUUCUUCAUCAUCGGCAACAGCCUGCUCCACCAAGCAGAGAUGAUGUUUAUGCUCAGAAAAAUCCGAACAUUUCUAUUACCAGAUCAAACCACUCUGUUCAAAGCAUGUCGUCUGCUCCACCUUUUCAAGCUCAGCAAAAUCUGGAUGAAGUCAACCAAAAGUAUAAUGCCAGUGCCUCUCACCAACCUCUACUGACUUCUAAACCUUCUGAUGCCCUGUUUAUCCGGGAAGAGUAUCGUUCUCAACUGAGCAGCAACAACAUCCAUUCUAGGGAAGGAGCCAGGACUGGCCAACAUGUACCGGUACCGAAAUUGCCUGCACCUCCUUCAGAAAAACCAGAUUUUCUGUUUCAGUGUAGCGAGGGUGUCAGAAGUUCUAGCAGUUCGGAUGUCAAGAGCAGAAGAGAGACUCCAAGCAUUUUGUAUUCAUACCAGUCAGGUGUGAGUGGUAUUGGUGUCCGUCCUCACCAAGGGUUGCAUCCUAGGCAGCCUACGUUAGCAAUGGGUCAAGGCGAAAUCGGUGCAAGAUCGGUUGUAAGAACUGAACGUAUUCAGCUUCCAGAGCAAGCCGUGUUGAAUAACGCUCAUUUGCGGGAAGUUACGAGGACAGAUCUUACAGACGGUCAUGCUCCACCAGAUCAUGCUCAAAUUUACAAUCAAAUCGUCGAAACAAAAGAUAGAAACAUGGGGAAAAGUGGCCUGGAGAUUUUAGCAACCAGCGCCCUUGGCCAUGACAGUCAUAUUCAAACGAAACUUCCAGAAAGUGUUGAUGCUGAUGGGGGAUCUCUCGUGGCUGGUCUGAUGAGCAACACUGAGGGUGCUUCUGUGCAAGCAAAAACUACAAGUGGAAAUUCAGGUCAUAUGAUGGAUGCAUCUUGGAGAGUUGCACACACAAGACAAGCACUUAUUGAUGCUGGGUUGGCUACCGAAUAUGUGCCAGGUGUUAACUUGGGAGAUAAAAGUUUAGGAGCACGGAACCCCCUAAAACAAGUACCUAAGAUACAUGUCAUGAGGCAUUCACAACAAAACUUGUCCCCAAUUUCACAUUUAUCUUCCCCUAUUCCUGGUGUUGCCAUGCUGACAAAUAAAUCAGACAUAUUGGACCGAAAAAAGAAACGCAUGGCAGUACAGUAUGCAGAAACUGUCGGCAAGUCCCAAGAAUCCCAUGAAGUUACCAUUCACGACCUUCCAAUUGCAUCACCCAAACCAUUGGCCGCCCAGCAGCAGACAUUGUUACUGAAAGACGACAAACAAUGCCUUCAAAACCAAACCAUAAAAGAGGACCUGCAGAUGUCAAGUAAGCAGACGACAAGCAAGCAGACGACCCAAAAGACAUCUGCUGCCCCUAGUGAAUGUGAAAGAGAUUCAAAAGUAUUCCAACCACCGCCAAGUUGUGUAAAACUCAAAGAAAUUCUGCUCCGGCGUACGAAAGCUUCUCUUCCCAGUCUUUUUAUUGAUGACAGUACAAGUGAAAAGGUUGGGGAACAAGUUAACCAGGUUGUAAACCUUGACUGCAUCUUCCCGAAUGACGUCUGUGAAAGCCUACCUGACUCAAUUUCUCAGAUGGUGGAGCCAGAGUUGUCCGACAGUGCAGACGGCAUCCUAUUGAAAAUCACAAAACCUAAGGCAAAGAAACCCGCCAGAAUUACGAAGCGGAAGCCGUCGGAUCGUUCAUCAAGGAGUUCCAUUUCCAGAUCAACAAAAAAGAAAAAUGUUGAAAUUGAAACUGUUGAGGUUGCCAAUGCUGGUAGCAGACGCAAAAGACACAAAUCAAACACUGGAUUCACUGGAGAGGUUUUUGCAGAGAUGCCGAGGUUUCAGCCAGCGAGGGCAAGCAGACGCAAGGCUGGCAAUGAGGGUCAAAAGAGGUGUUUAUUUCCCGAUUUCAAUGCAAAGAAAACAGAGGUGGCAAAGUUAAAGUCUGAUGAUACUUCUGCCAGUGAGAUGAAUUAUACUGUAAGGGAGAAAGUUAAUGAAAAGGGGAAGAAAAAGAACACCUACGAAUGCAAAAUUUGUCAUGCUUUGCGCGCGUCUGUUGGGAAUAUCAAAAGACAUUUGGUUGCGCAUGGGAAAGUCUUUAAAUGUACGUGCUGCAAUAAAAAUUUCUCGACCAAAAAUGCUUUGUAUUUUCACAAGAAGAAGAAGAGCGGGAAUAAGUUUGACUGCUGUUUAUGUUCAUUUUCGACGUACUAUGUGCCUUUUCUUCGUGCACACACGAAAAGGAGCCACCCUGAGAAAGUGGAAAAAGUCUUCUGCGAUGUUUGUGGGAAAUCAUUGAAAAACAAGGCGUCCCUGAAGUCGCAUCUUCUGUGUCACAAAUCGGAGGAGAUAAAGGAAGUCUGUGACGACUGUGGCAAACUCUUCUCGAGCGUAAAAUAUCUGCACAGGCAUCAAAAACGGGUCCAUUCGACGAAAGAUUACGUCUGCAGGCAUUCAAAUUGUGACAAAUUAUUUCCGUCGAAGAGUCAAUUAAAAGCGCACGUUGACCGCGUACAUUUAAAGGUUCGUAAAUUCGCCUGCACCUAUCCCAAAUGUGACCAAGCGUUUUUUAAAAUGGCCGAAAUGCAACAGCAUAUUUGUGUGCACCAUACAAAGGAACGAACGUUUGUUUGUGAGGAGGAAAAUUGUGGUAAAGCGUUUCGCUCGAGGCACAAUCUUGUUGUCCAUAUGCGCCUGCAUACAGAUGAGAAACCAUUCAAAUGCAAACUUUGUGACUAUUCUUGCCGGCAGAUGAACGCAUUGAACUUUCACGUUGGGCGCCAUCAUUUUGAUGAUGCAUCGAGAAAAGGACAGAAAAAAAGUGACAAGACCAAAAUUCCAACCCAAAAAUGCAAAAUUUCAGAGCAACAAAACAUUCAAUUUGCUCCUAGUGGAUCAGAACCUCGCACGGCGUCAACGGAGUGUCCAUCUUUUGGGUUGUCCAAUCAGUCGGCAGCAGGUAGCGAUGAGCAGGUUUUCGAUCAUCACCAAAUGGAAUGUCCCUAUUCAAUAACCAGUCCUGUCAAUGUUCAGACGACUCAUAUUCUCUACAUUCCUCAAUCAGAGCAGAUGACGUCUGCUGAACAAAUGACGUCUGCUGAACAGAUGACGUCUGCUGGGCAGUCAGUUUCGGUGCUUGGGCCUCCUGGCAACGAUGUUACCAUGGCUGUACUUACUCCACUGGAAAGUCCAGGACUGGUCCCUGCACUCUGUUCAAGGUCAGAGGGUAUUCAAACAGGCAUUACACCAAUGGAUUCUUUGCCUGCUGGAGAAUGUGUUGUGGAGUACCGUGGUCCUUUGUGAGUUAAUUUUCUGUAAGAGAUUUGAGAACUUUUGCUACGUUGAGAUUUAUUGGGUACAUCGAUGCCAUUUCAAGA